GCAAAUGGAUUCCAAUUUGGGACCCAAAUUCGAAUUGAUUAUGCUCUCCAAUUUCAGAUGACGCCGGAGUAGCUGUCCUCUUGCCGUCAAAUUUCCUUAUAUUUCUCCGGCGAAAUUGAACUACAGGUUACUGAAAAGUUUGAUAACAUGGGUGAUGCAAUUGAUUUAACUGGAGAUGGAGGUGUUAUGAAAAAAAUAGUGCAACGUUCGAAACCUGAUGCAAUUGCUCCCUCAGAGAGUCUUCCUCUUGUUGAUGUUCAUUAUGAAGGCACUCUUGCUGAGACCGGUGAAGUAUUUGAUACUACCCGUGAAGAUAAUACAAUUUUCUCCUUUGAGAUUGGUACUGGUUCUGUUAUUAAGGCUUGGGAUGUUGCACUGAGGACCAUGAAGGUUGGGGAAGUAGCUGUAAUUACCUGCAAGCCAGAGUAUGCCUAUGGAAGUGCAGGAUCCCCACCGGAUAUUCCCCCCGAUGCAACCCUUGUUUUUGAGGUGGAGCUCGUGGCUUGUAGACCACGUAAAGGUUCUAGUAUCAGCAGUGUUUCAGAUGAAAGGGCUAGGCUGGAGGAGCUAAAGAAGCAAAGAGAAAUGGCAGCUGCCGCUAAGGAGGAGGAGAAGAAGAAGAGAGAAGAAGCAAAGGCAGCAGCAGCUGCUCGUAUCCAAGCCAAACUUGAAGCAAAGAAAGGAAAAGGAAAGGGCAAAGCAAAGUAAAAUCCGUUGAAUAGGUUCAUAUAAAUUAAAACGGAUGGAGUAUAUGCCAUUGUCCGAACAGACAAAUCCAACUAAUAGCCUUCCCUUGGGCCUAUAUGGUAGAAGGGCCCACUCCACUAGUGCGUGUAUAAGGCCAGGGAUUACUUUCAUCAACAUUCAGGUGAAUUUUCCUCUCUCCUUUCUCUUAAGGCGGAUUUAGGAUUUAAAUUUUAUGAUUUUGAACUUCGUAAUUCUAUCACUGAGUUCAAAUUCUAUUAUGUAUACCUAUUUAAUGAGCUCUUAAAAUAUGUAUAGUGUUUGAACAAAAAUUGGGUUUAGAUGGACCUAUACUACAACAACAAUAGUGUAAUUUCACAAGUGCGAUCCGGGAGGAUAACUUUCAUUCUAUCGAGCAAUUGGUGCAAGCUUUUUCCUA